AUGCAUCACAUGCCUACCUGUACAUUCUCUUGUACGUCUCCUCUGCCUGUGCUACACACACACACACACACACACACACACACACACACACACACACACACAUACACAUAUACAUACACACACAAGCUAACGUCACUCUGUCAUCGUCCGCCCUUUCACCCGUUUUGUUUUCUCUUGGCGACCUAUAGGAUGCUGACGCGUUCGCUGGUGUGUCGCGCGUCGUUGCAGAGCCGUCGCCGGUGGGAGCAGCGCAUUGUGUCAGUGCUCUCCGAGAACAAGGAGGAGGGCGUCGAUGCGGUGGCGAAACGCUUCCAGCGAGUCUACAAGGAGCGCCGCUACACACCCGUGGAGGAGGCGUUUCCACCCCUCGCUGCUGCCGCGGCCGCGCCUGGGCUGAGGUCUUCUGCCGCGAAAGAGAGCGUCGAGUCAGUACAGCAGCCCGCCAACCCGCUCGUGCUGCGCGUUGCCUUCCUUGGGCCUCAAAACGCAGGAAAGACGUCCCUCGUUAAUUCCAUGGCGCUCAGCAAUGUUGGUGCUGUCAGCAACCGCUACGGCAGCACCAAGGAUUGGACAAAGGCAGUCGCCACGGUACACGAAACGCAGUUGCUCCUCCUUGACACACCGGGCAUUGUGCCGCGUGAUACGCAGCGCGUGCGGCGCAAGUUCGCCUCCGGCACGGCUAAGGCGUACGACGCUCUCUUCGUGUCGGACCUCGUUGUCCUAGCUCUCCCCGUCGGCGUGGGAUUCGUCGAGAAGGAACAUAAGGUGGUCGCGACGGAGGUGGUACGCCGCGCCGCGGGCCGCGAACUACCCGUGGUGAUCGCCAUGACAAUGAUGGACAAGGUUCAGACGCCGUGGCAUCGCGAGCUGUACUUUGCCAUGCGCACCGACCUUGAGUCUCUCGGGUUGCCGACUGCCGCGACGCACGAGGUCAGCGUCAAGGGCGGCAGCGGACUGGUGGAGCUGAAGGACUGCCUCUGUCAGUACGCGAAGCCGGGGGCGUGGGAGCACUACCGCCGCGAGGCGACGGAUUUGAAUCCACCGCAGCGCGUGGCGGAGCUGCUGCGGCAGACCUUCAUGGAGCUACUCCCGCACGAGAUUCCGCACUGCAUGCGGCACCGCGUGCUGGGCUGGACGCGCAAGGAGUCAGGCACGACAGAGGUGGUGGUGGAGGCGUUCUUCGAUCGCCCUGCGUACAUGUUCACCUUCUACGGCAAGUUGGAGGCCAUCUGUCUGCGUGCACAGCAGGUGACGGAGCGCGAGCUGGCGCCGCAGCGGUUUCGCUUUGUUUUUCAGGCCUUCAUCGCCCCAGGCGGCCUCUCAAACUCGUGA